AUGGAACAAAUGGAGAGAGAUCUCGCUCUUACCAACCGCCGUAAACCAUCGUACUUCACCGGUGGGUGCUUGAGUUCGCCGUCUUCUUGUCUCUCAUUGAUCCACAGAGAUACAGAGUACGCUCGAAUCGGUAACCACAACAAGAAGACAAGAUCAAGUCCGAUAUUAAGGAAUUUGCUAAGAAGAUUAUUAUUGGUUACAAGGUGCGGGUUCGAGAACACGAAGCCGAAGACGUUAAUGAAGUUUCACUACGAUGUUUUGCCUAAAAGGAUUCAUAAUUUUACUUCAGAGUCCAACUGUUGGGGAUUAAAGGGAUUUGAUUCGUACGGAAGAGGAGAACUUCUCUCAGCCAUUGAUCAUCAAAUGGGGAAAGAUUAUGAUAUGAAGCAAGCAGAGUGCCUUAUGGUUGUGGGGUUAUGGUGUGCCCACCCUGAUAUAAACUCUAGGCCUUCGACAAAACAAGCCAUCCAACCAAAUUUCUUGUGGACAACGUUAAAAGAAGCAUUAUUCAGUUUUCAACCAGGUGAUCCCGGGGACAUAGGUUACCACGGGGAUGCAUCUCCCGAUGAAGAUGGAACCGUGAGCUUCAACAACGGUUCACAUACAUCUCAGGUUGGUUGGAUUACUUACUCCAAGAAGGUUCCUAUCUCGAGUCCUAGAACUGGCAAGGCUUCCGAUUUCAACACCAGCUUCUCCUUCAAGAUCGAUGCUCGAAACCUUUCAGCAGAUGGCCAUGGGAUAUGUUUCUUUCUUGCUCGUGUGGGAGCUCAACUCCCUGCUUACUCAGUUGCUGGUUUCUUGGGUCUCUUCACUCGAGACGAUAUCUACAAAUCUUCAUUCCCUCUCGUCCAUGUCGAGUUCGACACGUUCAGCGACCCAGGCUGGGAUCCUAGGGGCGUUGGAUCUCAUGUUGGGAUCAAUAACAACUCACUUGCUUCUUCCAACUUCACCUCUUGGAACGCAAGCAAGCACAGCCAAGAUAUUGGUCAUGCACGGAUCUCAUAUGAUUCUGCUGCUAAGAACUUGAGCGUGACCUGGGGUUAUGAGCUAACAGAUGAUCCAAAGGAGAAUUCAAGCCUUUCAUACAUCAUCGACCUCGUAAAGGUUCUACCAUCAGAAGUUAUGCUCGGGUUUAUAGCCGCUGCUGGUGAAAACACAGAGGAACAUAGACUCUUGUCAUGGGAGCUCAGUUCAAGUCUUGAUAGCGAGACAGACAACAACAGGAUCGGCCUUGUAAUUGGCCUUUCGGGUAUCAUUGUGCUGGCCUUUUUGGUGAUCACAAUCGCUGCGGUUUGGUGGCGGACGCAAAGAAGGAGGAAAGCAAGAGAGAUGACAAACACGAUAUCGAUAAACGAAGACCUCGAAAGGGAAACAGGACCAAGAAAGUUUUCUUAUAAGGACCUCGUGUCUGCAACCAACGGAUUCUCAGAGCAUAGGAAGCUCGGCGAAGGAGGGUUUGGAGCGGUUUACAGUGGGAAUUUGAAAGAGAUCAAUAUGAUGGUUGCGGUGAAGAAGCUGUCGGGUGGUUCUAGGCAGGGAAAGAAAGAGUUUCUAAACGAAGUUAAGGUCAUCAGCAAGUUAAGACACCGGAACCUGGUGCAGCUCAUCGGUUGGUGUAACGAAGGAAAAGAGUUUCUGCUGAUAUAUGAGUUGAUGCCGAAUGGUAGCUUGAACUCUCACCUCUUUGGUAAAAGAACACAAGUACUCUCAUGGCACAUAAGCUUUGGGAUUGUUUUACUAGAGAUUGUCACGGGGAGAAAAUCGUUGGAGCGAACAAAAGAAGAUGAAGAAGAGGAGCAAGAAGAAGAAGAAAACAGUGAUACAGAGAGCGACGAGAAGAGCCUUGUGGAGAAAGUGUGGGAGCUUUAUGGGAAACAAAAACUGUUGGUUUCAGGUGUGGAUGAGAAACUGGGUGAUGAUUUCAAUAUGGAAGAAGCUGAGUGUCUUCUGGUUUUGGGGUUAUGGUGUGGCCAUCCUGAUAAAAACUCGAGGCCUUCCAUAAAACAAGCGAUCCAAGUCCUCAACUUUGAGUCGCCAUUGCCUGAUAAUCUUCCAUUGAAGAGGCCUGUUGCUACGUUUUACACCUCGUCUUCUUCUUCUCCCUCCGUUAACUCGAGUAGAGCUUCAAUAACGUUCUCAAGCAACCAAUUUGGCCGUUAG